AUGGAGGGCUUUGACACCAUGGCGAUGCCAUACCUGGCCAGCCCAUUAUCGCUUGGCAAUAUCCAGAGCGCAGAUUACCUUAACUCGAUGCCCGGAAUGGACAUCCCGGACCAGCGUUCGAAUUUCGACUCGGAAACAUUCGUCAGCGGGGAUGACAUCCCUUUUCCUCCAAAUGGGUUGCCGGCGACAUUGAAGAGGUUCCCGUCGGGUUACGAGGACCCUUUCACGGACAUGGUGACUCCGUUUGAACCUGCACCCCCCGAGCAGUCUGCGGAUUCCUCCAUCGAUCACAAUAAUAAACUACUAAGCUUUUCCGUUCCAGUUUACAGCUUCACCCUCCUGGACUAUUCAUUACGACGGACCUCGUUAUCACUUUCGGCCCAGUUGCAUGGCAUGUUCUUCCUUGCGGAGUCACCCUGGACCACAUCCCCCGCCGAGAAUGCUCCGCCCCAACAGGGUGCCGAAUUAACGUGCUACCGCCGCAAUUUAUUCCAGAUUACGGGCUCUGUCACCCUUCCGCGGAGUUUGCGCUACAUUAUGACAGAACAAGGCGAUCGGAUACCUAUUCUGGCGCAAGAGCUUACCGUUUCCGCCACCGAGUCGGUGGAAGGCAAUUCCGUCAAAAUCAUCUCCGUUCCCUGGAAAACCCCGGCGGCCAACGGAAACCCCCUCGGUGAAGACGGAAACAAUUCGGCGAGCAGUAACCCCAAGAUCGAAAAAGAGCCCCCUCCGAUCCCAUUGGAUAUAAUGGCCGGCCAAGAUCUCGACACCGACUACGCUACGUUCCCCAUCGCAUGGAAGCGGCUUCAAUUUCGAGUCGCAACGGCCAACAACGGCCGCAGAAAGGAACUUCAGCAGCACUUCGUCGUUCGGCUCAAGGUCGUCGCCACUCUGUCUACUGGUGCCAAGAUUCCCAUAUGUGAAGUGCAGUCAGGGCCUGUGAUCGUUCGAGGCCGUAGCCCGCGCAAUUUCCAGUCCCGCAAAGACUUGCCCUUGAGUGGGAGCGCUGCUGCAUCCAGAAAGAGUGCCCAAGCCUCCCACUCCGCAUCGGCCAACCGAGCUUCCACGAGUGAAGCCGCUUUGCGCUCCAGUCAGACAGCGGCCAAGGCCAAGGCCGCCGCGAAAAGUAGCUCUCCGGAUACCACAAUGUCACAAGCUGGCAUUAUUCCCCAGCAGGCGUCUCCGGAUUGGAACCAAGCUUCUCGGCCUGCGAGUGGCGCGGUUCCUUCUGCAGCCCUGCCCCACUCAUCUGUAUACUCACAGUCUAGCCCUGAAUUCUCAAGACCGACGGAGAACCAGCGACGAGCGAACUCCGUUGCCGCUCCUAUAAACUUGUCUUUGUUGGAUGAGGAUGAUAACGGUGACGCCCUCAACGUAAAUGAUUCGAUUGGAUCUACUUCCUCUUAUAUCAAUGACGUCCUGAACAAGAACCCGGGUGCUCAAGGAUCUGCACCGCCGGCGAAACUGCGCAAACUGUCCCAUGGCCUUUCCCAAACGCCAACACGAGCCUCGUCAUCACUACCAUUGUUAAACGCCACGAACUUACAGCAGCCCUUCGCAUCCACUCUGCCGUUUCCUAACGAGAAUUCCGACCUUCUAUAUGAAUAUUUCCCCCUUGGAUUGGAUGAUUGGCAGGCGCCCGUCGAUGCAGUUUACCGGCCGCAUGUUGUGCAUCACACCAAUAUGCCGGAGAUGAAGUUUGUUGCUGCUCGAGGCCGGAGUAAACGUUAUUUCGCAGCGGAGGAUGUAUUUUGA